GUCUCCUGGAAAAAAUAGAAACAACGCAGCCAUUUUGACUGGUCUACGAUAAAGUUAAAGGGAUAGAAAAUGCUUCGAUACUGUGCAUAAUUCGGUAAAGAUAUGCUGUCCAGCAAUGCCACUUUCUUGGAGUCUCCUCGAUACCAUGAAGUCCCACCAAGAGAAGCUCUGUGAGUGGUAUCGUUGUGUUUUCCCGUUGAACUGCCAGACGGCAACGACAGUCAAGACUGCAGCUCUCAACCAUUUGUUCCAACCUUUAUUUCCUUUGAGGAACCAAUCACAGUGCCGGGAGAGGCCACGUCACUCACGGUGCAUCCAAUCGGCGCAUGCGUCUCAAGAGCGAGCGUAGCUAGCCAAAGAUGGCGGCGGGUUCCGAUUUGCUGGAUGAUGUUUUCUUCAACACUGAGGUGGACGAAAAAGUAGUUAGUGAUAUAGUCGGAUCUCUGGAGUCUGAGCUAACAGGAUCAGAUCGCGUCAACACAACAACCAGGGUCCUGUCUGUAGCAAAUUACGUCGGCAAGUCAGCUGUAGGUAGUAAUUCCAAUGUUCAGAGCAGUAAAAUGGGACUUUCACAACAAGAGCUUGCUAAAGCAGGGAUAGGAGUGCAAGGAGGUGUCAUUAACAGUACGGAGUCCCACGCUUCAAGCAUGGAUGGAGCAGCCGGGACCACAUCGGCGGCAGGACCGAGCGUGACAGCCGCUCAAAGUCAGUCCAAGCCGGGAACAGCUAGCGGAGUCGUUACGGUAGUGUCAGAUGCAACAUCUGGUGUCGGGAAACACGGAACGACUGGUGUUCAAACUUUGAAUGGAAGUACCGUGGCGAUGAACUGUCAUAUCCCUGGAGGUGCAUCCGCUGACAGCAGCGGCAGCAACUCCCAGCCCACUGUCACGCCUGUCAACAAUGGACCUGUAACUGUGAGCAAGGGAAGUGUAGCAGUUUUGUCUGCAACACCCAGCACUAUUAUUCGAACUGCUUCUACAAGUGCGCAAAACACUGUGAUUUCGUCUCAGCCGUCUGUGAAAAGUGUACCCACAGUCACGCUUGUGAGACCGCCUAUGCAAAUUCCCUCCAGCACCUCUCAAUGCGGUGGCAACCCAACCACAGUUUUAACAUCACCAACAGCCGCCAGCGUCGGCAGCACAGUUGCCCCCGUUGUCAACAAAUUCGACACCACAAAAACUAUAAUUCAGACUGGUGGACAUGUCGUGGCUUCAACUAUUGCGACAGGGACAACGGCGACCAUGAGGAGCCCGACCGUUUUGCAAAACGUGAGGACUUCACUGCCGUCAACAAUUGCUGCCGCUCCUCCUGGUGGAGUACGAGCCAUCGCUCCACAGGUGUUGGCUCCUCGACUCACUCAGCCUCAGCAAAACGCCCCAAAUAUCCAGAACAUUCAGCUUCCUCCAGGCAUGGUCUUGGUUCGCAGUGAGAGUGGGCAGCUGCUGAUGAUUCACCAGCAGACUUUGGCUCAGAUGCAGGCUCAGUCACAGUCCCAAAGCGCCAUGACACCACGACCUGCAGCCCCCACCAGCACUCCUCCUGUCCAGAUCACUUCUCUACAGGCUCCAGGUGCGUCACUGCUGGCUCGUCCGGUUACCCCCACCACCAUUGUUAAACAAGGUUCCACACUCCAGACCACCGUGACAGCCACCACCGCCCUGCAGAGGCCCCCUGUGCUGCAGAACACCAUCAUGCUGGGAGGGACUGCCACAACCCCUGGACAGCCGCUAGGAACAGCCACCACAGUGCAGCCUGGAACUGCAGUCACAGCAGUUACACAGAGGGUAGGGCCCCUGGGAACCACCGGGACCCCUGUCACUCCAACAGCUGUCACAGCUGAGACGCUGGAGAAUGUGAAAAAGUGUAGAAACUUUCUGUCCACGUUGAUCAAGCUGGCAUCCAGUGGAAAACAGUCCUCUGAGACUACGGCAAACGUCAAGGAGCUGGUCAAGAACCUGCUGGAAGCGAAGAUAGAGCCUGAAGAUUUCACCAGUAGGUUGUACCAAGAGCUCAACUCCUCACCACAGCCGUAUCUUGUGCCUUUCCUGAAGAGAAGUCUCCCAGCACUGCGUCAGAUGACCCCAGAUUCAGAAGCCUUCAUCCAGCAGAGCCUGCUGCCUCAGACUAGCACUCCAGCCGCAGCAGCCUCCACAGCCCUCACCGCUGUGGUGCUGCGACCUCCUCUCUCCACUGCUGCCACAACAGUCACCAGCACUGCUGGUACCAAAACCACAGUUAUCAGCCUCACUCAGGCGCCUCACAGUAAACCUGGACUGAUAGUGCCCCAGCAACAGGGGACAAUUGUGAGGCCACAGGUGACACUAGCCCAGUCUCCCAUGGUAACGCUUAGAGGACAGUCUCAUAGCCGCAUCAUCGUGGGCCAGCCGCAGGUGGUCAAACAAAUGCAGACAGCAGUGAAGCAGACGUUCGCUCCAGGGGCCAAAGGAGUACACGUAGUCACUCAGUCCCCAAUCACUGUUGCUCAGAAAAACAAGCUGAAGGAAGCAGGAGGGGGAACCUUCAGGGAUGAUGAUGAUAUCAAUGAUGUGGCCUCCAUGGCUGGUGUCAACUUGUCAGAGGAGAACGCUCAUAUUUUAGCCACCAACUCGGAGCUUGUUGGGACGCUGACUCGCUCCUGUAAGGACGAGACCUUCCUCUCCACCUCUUUACUCACCCGGAGAGCUCUGGAGAUUGGUAAGAAGUUUGGUGUCAGCGAGCUCGGCUCAGAUGUGAUCACCUAUAUUUCCCACGCUACGCAGCAGCGACUACAAGACCUGCUGGAAAAAGUGUCUCAAGUGGCACAGCAGAAGAACGUAACCUUCAAGGAGCAUGAGCAUUAUGAGCAAGUCAGCGACGUGCGAACCCAGCUUAAAUUCUUCGAGCAGCUGGAUCAGAUUGAGAAACAAAAGAAGGAAGAGCAGGAACGAGAGAUUCUCUUGAAAGCUGCCAAGUCUCGGUCUCGGCAAGAGGAUCCAGAGCAGCUCAGACUUAAACAGAAGGCCAAAGAGAUGCAGCAGCAGGAGCUGGCUCAGAUCAGACAGAGAGAAGCCAACUUAACAGCACUGGCAGCAAUUGGCCCGAGGAAAAAACGGAAAAUGGACUCUCCUGUUAGGGGUGCCAGUGCAGAGGGCUCAGGGUCAGGCCCUUCCCAGCCUGGGGGCUCCAGUGGAGCAGGCUCCAGACAGUUUAUGCGACAGCGCAUCACCAGAGUCAACCUCAGGGACCUGCUCUUUUGCCUGGAGAAUGAAAGAGGGACCAGUCACUCACAACUGCUCUAUAAAGGCUUCCUCAAAUAGCACAGGCAUUAAAAUGACUAGUUGCCCUUAGUGGAAGAGUUGGACCGGCGGCUCAGACCCUUUCUGCUGGUACUUUCUUUGACCACCCACUGAUGAAUGAUGUGACGUCUGACUGUGGCAAGAAAAUUAUCUUGAACGCUGAAAAGACGUCAGGCUUUAAAAAACAUCUUCAAGCACAGGCCUUUUUUGUACUUUCAGUGAGGAGAUGAAGCAAAUAUUGGAACCCCGAUUUCAGCGUGCCUCUCAGCUUGGUUUGCUCUUUAGGGAACAGUUGCACCCAACCUCACUUCACUCCUGCUCUGCCUCAUGCUGCACAUACACACACGAAAUAAUGUCUGUAACUGAACUGAACACUUGAGCUCCGGAAAGCUUGUCAGGGUCAUUUCAUUCACAUCUGUGUUGUAGCAGCGAAUCUCUGUGAAGUGGCUCCAGUUUAAAUUAAUGUUCAACAUUCAGGUGCAAAAGAAUGAUAACAAAACUGCAGUAUUGCUACAUUUUCCUGUCCAUGUUAACACAUACACUCUGUUAUUUAAAUUCUUAACAGAGAUUUAAAGUUAUUACACAUUUAUAUAAUAUUUUAGCAUCAUGUCAAUGCCUGUGGAUUGUUUUACUGGGACUAAUCCUGACUAGUCUUGUCAUCUACUGAGUUGCCUUUUUACCAAGUUAAGCCAUAUGGAUUAGAAUGUGUUGACCAGCUUCACCUGUCCAGUCUCUCCAAAUUUGUAGGACAUGUGCUUUAAUGUUUUAUUGUGCACUGUCUUUGUUUGUGUUUUCUUGAUGGAACACAUUUUACAUUUUAUUUAUGUGUCACGUGUUGGUACUUGAACUCUCACCGUUGAAGUGUUUUCACUGUGAGAGUUCCCGACAGUGGUCAAAAGCGAGAUUCCACUUUGUAUUCAGAUUCUAGGUCAUGUUGAGCAAACAUGGGCAUGAAAGGAUGGCACUUUGAAAGUUUUCUAAAACUAGUCAAUCAGACAAACAUACCCACUUUAUAACUUUUUAUAUUUGUAGUGCACAUACUAAUUUUGAUCUUUAUACCUUUUCUUGGUUUAUUAAAUAAUGUUUAUUGGCAAAAUUUUAUUACUGUACAUGCUUAGGUUUGCUAUUUGUAGAUUUAUUGGUUUACUUCUAAUCAGGAAAGUUUGUCUUAUUUUUCAUAUAUAUGAGAAAUAAGACAAAUAUAUGAAGCUUUCUUGCCAAUGUCUUGUAAAUUUUGCACAGCCAUUUGUUCAUAUGUAAAUAUCUGAAUUAAAAAGAAAAGUUUUUAAUUGCUAUUUUACAAUGGAUUGAGAGAAAAUGAUCUCUAUUAAAACAAAACAAAAACAAAGGUCUUGACUGUCAUAAUU